UUCAAAAUGCUUUUCAUGAUCCUCUUCAUGCUUGGACUGGCGACUUUGAAUGAUGCCUCGUUUAUCCGAAUUACUUCAUUUAUAUGCGAGCCCAAUAAAAUGAUUUGUCAGCAAAAUGUCUGCGCAAUAACUACGGUACGGAAGAGGCUGUCUUUGGUGAAUUUCAAUUGUAACUUUCUUGAGCCUCAGUCACAUAUAUGGUUACGCAUGAAAGUAUACCGCAAACAAAGUAAAGUCUUCCAACCUUGGCUAGUGGAUUUUUGUGAAAACUUUUGUAACGUCAUAGAGAAGACCACGCACUCACAAGUAUUCCUGAAACUCUUACCAGGUAUCCGGAAAUAUGGACAUUUUUCAAAAUCUUGUCCUUUGGAAGGGAACACAUCUCUCUCAAACUAUCCCAUCGACUUCUCAUUCAUCCCAGUUAUUAUUCCGGAAGGCGAAUAUUUGGUCACAGUACAUGUUGAAGAUUACGUAAAAAAUGAGACUAUAUUAUUCGCUCGAUCAGGAUUUGUGGUAAGGGAAUCACCCCCAGAAGACCCACCGCACAACAUAGUAGGUAAUACUGUCAAUCUCAGCAUCGCAGCUAAUUCAUCAGAAUAUAUGCAAUCUAACAGUUCCAAUGUCUGCUGGGACGGUGAUGCAUUAAACGCUUAUGACUGCAACGGCGGAUACAAGAGACGGAUCGAUUAUUUGCACUACACAAGUAAGCAACAUGUGCCGCUCCAACCGUGA